UAUUGGAAAGUAGUGUAUGUGUGGAUACAAAACUGUACAGUAAUAAUUAUCAAAAUGAUCAUUCGCAAAAUGAUUUGGCCUCGCACAUUUAGUGACUUUGCUUCUAUGGUAUUUAUAUUAACAAUUGUACCAUUGAUUUAUUGGUUCGAACUAUGGAUAGUGUUACCCGCAUUGUAUAAAUACAAUACAAUACCAUAUUUGUGUCACUUUAUUUUGGGUAAUUUUAUAAUGUUGAAUAUCGUGGGUAACUUUACGUAUACAGUAUUAUGCGACACUAGUAUUAAUAGGACUAUUGUACCAGUAAGCACUGCAAAUUCUAAGGAUGGAUGGAGAUUAUGCACAACUUGUGAAAUACUUGCUCCUCCACGUUCUUGGCACUGUUCGACAUGUAAAACUUGUAUUCUGAAACGUGAUCAUCAUUGUAUUUUUACCGGCUGUUGUGUUGGUUAUUUCAAUCACAGAUACUUCAUUAUGUUUCUUUUAUAUUUAUUCAUAGCUACCGUCUAUGCCUUUUGUUACAAUAACUUUUUUAUCUGGUCUAGAAUUCAUUUCGAAUUUCCAAUGUCCAUUAUAAAAAUAAUAUUUCCAUUGGCAAUAUUUGUAUUCGGAUUUGAUGGUUCUAUCGAACAAUUCUAUUUGUUACUUUAUAUUGUAUCAGUUAUAGGAAUGUUAUUUACAGGCAUCUUAUGCAUUUAUCAUUUUCAAUUAGUUUUUAAUGGAUGCGUUGCAGAUGAAAGUAAUAAAAAUAAACGUACUUAUGAUCUAGGUUGGCGACAGAAUAUAAAGGAAGUUCUUGGUGAACGAUGGUAUUUAACAUGGUUGGUUCCAUAUAUAAAAUCACAAUUACCGCAUGACGGUAUUACGUGGGAUACAAAAAGUCAAUGGAAAAUGAAUAAUGCAAAAAGUAAAUGAAUUGAUAUACAUUUGUUUAUCUGAAAUACAGUUGAACUUUUCUAAUUAAUUUUGAAACUAUUUUUAAACGCAAGUUAAAACGCAUUGAAGAUAUACAAAAUAUUAUACGUUUUCCUUUCAUUUUUAUUUCAUUUCAUUUAAAAAUCCUUUUUUAAUGUAAAUGUUUUUUUUCAAUGAUUAUGACAUUACAAGAUCUACAAAGUUCAACUGUAUUUUAUAAAUAU